UCUCAUGUGUUCCUCAGUGGAGCUGCAACUUCGUUCACUUGUACACAUAACACACUCUCAUGAGCCAGCUGUGCUUUACUUUCUCAAAUAAUUUCAAUACCAACUCAUUUCUGGUUCCCUGGAGUGAUCGACGCAGGAAGAAAGCAAGAGAAGGAAAGAGAGAGCUGUCAGAACGUCUCUGCUCAGGAGCAGCCGGAGUUGUUCCUGAAGAAACUUCAGCAGUGUUGUGCUGUGUUUGAUUUUAUGGACACUCUGUCAGACCUGAAGAUGAAAGAAUACAAGCGCUCAACCCUCAAUGAGCUUGUCGAUUAUGUCACAGUCAGCCGAGGAUACCUCACAGAACAGGCCUACCCAGAGGUCGUCAAAAUGGUGUCCUAUAAUAUAUUCCGAACUCUUCCGCCCAGUGACAGUAAUGAGUUUGAUCCUGAGGAGGAUGAACCCACUCUAGAGGCCUCGUGGCCACAUUUACAGCUGGUGUAUGAGUUCUUCAUUCGGUUUUUGGAGAGUCAGGAGUUUCAGCCCAGCAUUGCCAAAAAAUACAUAGACCAGAAAUUUGUCUUACAGCUGCUGGAGUUGUUCGACAGCGAGGACCCACGAGAAAGAGAUUACCUGAAGACAGUCUUACACAGAAUCUAUGGAAAAUUCCUGGGACUGAGAGCUUUUAUACGAAAACAGAUAAAUAAUAUUUUUCUACGUUUUGUUUAUGAAACUGAGCACUUCAAUGGAGUCGCAGAAUUGUUGGAGAUUUUGGGCAGUAUCAUCAAUGGCUUCGCUCUGCCGCUGAAAGCUGAACACAAACAGUUUUUGGUGAAAGUUUUGAUUCCUCUUCACACCGUCAGGAGCCUCUCACUUUUCCACGCACAGCUGGCGUAUUGUAUUGUACAGUUCCUAGAGAAAGACCCGGCAUUAACAGAACCAGUUAUUAGAGGUCUGCUGAAAUUCUGGCCUAAAACCUGCAGUCAGAAAGAGGUCAUGUUCCUAGGAGAGUUGGAGGAGAUUCUGGAUGUGAUUGAGCCUACGCAGUUUGUGAAGAUCCAGGAGCCUCUCUUCAAACAGAUCUCCAGAUGUGUCUCUAGUCCUCACUUUCAGGUGGCUGAGAGAGCUCUGUACUACUGGAAUAAUGAGUACAUCAUGAGUCUGAUUGAGGAGAACUCCAACGUGAUUCUUCCAAUAAUGUUCGCCAGUCUUUACCGGAUCUCCAAAGAACACUGGAACCCGGCCAUAGUAGCUUUAGUCUAUAAUGUUCUGAAGGCCUUCAUGGAAAUGAACAGCACUUUGUUUGAUGAACUCACGUCCACUUACAAGUCAGAUCGUCAGAGGGAGAAGAAGAAAGAGAAGGAGAGAGAGGAGCUGUGGAAGAGGUUGGAAGAUCUGGAGUUGAAGAGAAGCCUCCAGACCGAUGGAAUUAUUCCCACUUAACGAAGCGCUUCUCCUGGACCGCUUUUUCCCCCAACGCCUCCACCACACGCUCGGAACGUUGGCCACAUUUCUUUUUUCUUUUUUGUAUUUGUGCGACUUACUUUACCGUAGAAUCACCUCGUCAGUCUCAUUAUUUCAAAAGCACUGUAAAUAACUUUUAUUUUAUCCUCUCUUUUUUUUUCUCUCUCUCUUCCCCCUUAAAAAUAUAAAGCCGAAAAAGAACGUGACUAGAAAAGGAAGUAAAAAAAAUAAAAAUACGCAAAAAAAUAAAUAAACCCACACUGGAGGGGAAUGGACUUUGAACAGACAGUAGGACUGAAACGAACGACUGCUGUUAAGAAAACGAAACAGAAUCUCAACCCACCGAUCUGACAUACCUCACCCAUUCUUGCUGAACAACACCAGCCCAAUUCUCUCUCUUUCUCCCUCUUUCCUUACUCACUCCAUCUCUUUCUCUUCCUCCUCAUCUCAGCAUUGGAUCAACAUCGGCCCACCUGCGUGUCCUGAAUAUCUGAAAGCAGAAUUGUCUACCGUUGACCUUUUUUGAUUGUCCUUCAACAUCUGGAUAAACGCUGCAGGUCUGGAUUGUAGGCUGCUUCAAAGGGGACACUAUGCAGUAACCAGCAGAGAAGAGGAAGUGGACAUAUGUAACACACACACACACCAGCUCUUUUUAAUUUUCCUCCCCUUUUCGUUCUUUCUUUUUUUUUUUUCCUGUCCAAAUGUGCCACCUGGUAUACUUGUUUGGACUCUUUAGCACCAGUCCGGUACUGGUACCAGUAAAUGAGAGACACACACACACACGUACACACAUCUGAGGGAGUGUUCUGAAUUCCAGCAGCAAAUCGGAGAUGCUUGUCAUAAGAAACGGAACUGCACGUGCACACACACACAUUCUGCGUUCGAGUGUGUGAGGGAGUUUCUUACAGUGUUAAGUACCUGUAUACUGUAUCUGACUGCAGUACUUUGAUACUCUGUAUCUAGUAGAACCUUUAGCGUAUUUUUCUUUAGGAGAAUCCAGUAUAUGAUGAGGAAAGUUCGAACACGGCCUCUUGGGAUUUACGUUUUCUUUCUUUCUCGGGUUUCACUUCUAAUUUGUUUUGGGUUUAUUUUUAUUUUGUCUGGAUUUGGUUUUUUUUUUUUUUCUUUUUGACCAAGUGGAAUUUGUUCUCUCUCUUCCUUUUUAUUUUUUACUUAGUUGCUGAUUGGGGGAGGGGGGUGAGUGAGAGCGGGAUUGUGGAGGACUGAUGCUGUGGUGAGCUGUGUCAGAAUUGAAACCUGUGCUUUAGAAAGCCCCAGACAUCAAACGAUUACAAAAGUUAAAAAGGGUCGGAGAAAUACAAAUGUUUAAUUAUUUUAAAAAAUAAAGAGAUAUUAAAUUAAACCUGUUUUGUGAUAAAGAUGAAA